AUGGAUGCUUGGGAUUACAUUGAGAAACACUUUGCCACACCAUCACUGACCGAACAAGGCUGCAUUGAGCAGUGUCAUAAAGAACAAACAGCUGAAAAUUGGGAGAAACAUAGUGAUUAUCUAACUCCUAAGAGAGGCCUGAGGCAAGGUGAUCCAAUAUCACCUUUACUCUUUGUGCUAGUGAUGGAGUAUAUGCAUAGAUACGAUUUGAUUCUUCUUGCUAGAGGUGAUGACCGAUCUGUGGCUCUCAUGAUGGAAACUUUUCACAAUUUCUCUGCAUCAACAGGGCUUAGAGCAAACCCAACAAAAUGCAAAAUUUACACUGGAGUUUUGGAUGAUAGUGGAAAACAAGGGCUGUUGCAGAUCACAGGUUUUCAAAGUGGAGACUUGCCCUUCAAUCACAUCCUAAUGGAUGCAAUGCAAGUCUUCCCAUUGCCAAAAAGCGUUCUGAAGCACAUUGAAGCUGUUUGCCGGAGUUUCUUAUGGAGUAAUACGGAGGAAAUAACCAGAAGAUCUCCAAUUGCGUGGGACAAUGUGUGUAAUCCCAUGAGAGCCGACGGUUUAAAUAUCACCUCAACCUUGGAAGGAAGAGAGCAACUGGUUUAUACAGGAGGUCAAGAGGAAGGGAUGGCGCCGAAAAUUGCUCAAAAUGGCUCUGACUGA